AUUUGGCGCCAAAACGGAAACUUUGCGUUUUCAGUAUUUGGGUUUUUACGUGAAAUAAUAUUUCCGCUUGCGAGAGAGAGAGAGAGUGCUGCUCUAGCGUCUGUUGCUGCCUUUUCAAAGGUUCUGCGUGGACUGACUGUAAAUAUCCUUGCCGCAGUCACUUUUAUCAAAUCGCUGCGCUGCCAGCGACAACGACGACGUCGUUCGUGCUUCCUAGGAAGCAACACGGCGCUCGCUCAACGAAAUGUCACCCCCCUUGGCAAACACACACACACACACACAUACACACAGUCAUAGCGGCAGUGGUGGAGUGGAUGGAGUGUGUGUGCUUUGUUUAUGCCAACAACCAACCAAUUGAACCACCAACCACAGCCACUCACACCACAAGCUGUGGACGAUGCUGUUUCCCAAACCUUCAACUUGUCCGGCACAACCAACUCAAACCAACGGGAGCACCAGCUUUAGCCUUGAAACAAACAGUUCCGGCUCCAGAGCAACAGCAAACAUUCCCCAACUGCCUGACCUUGAAGUCCCCCAUUAUGCAACACAGCGAAAGAGCGAGAGCUAGCUCAUCCAUUAUGAUAAACCACUUCCUGCUAGUUUUUGCAGUCCACACACUUAAGUAAAUGGCAUUUCGACUUGCAACAAUUUUGAGCAAAUAAAUGAAA